AUGGAUCUGAAAAACAAGGACAAAGCAACAGCAGUUAGGGCACAAGAUGCCAACAGUGAGGUUAUAUUUGGUCCAAUUGGUGAUACAGCCACAGCGUGGCUUGGACCUGCGACGCCUGCGAGGAUGCCUAUGAGAAGGGCUAGGGGAACACGUACUCCUUCAAGGUUUCGAGAUGUGGGUAGCUCAGCGGGUUCACAGGCUGAAGCGAUUACGGUAGCUCAAGCGCUGGAUGGGGAUGGGCUUAAGAUUCAGCCACAGGAUGAUAAAUGGCGGAUCCGCGAAGUUCAAAGGGGACUGACUCAAACAAUGGCAGGCGGACAGGGGAACGGUGAGAAUAAUCGCGCCCAAGCAAGGGUGGGAAGUCAACAAAGACCAAACGAGUGA